AUUUGAUACAUCUAGACAAUUGGAUGUCAAUAAGUUUUAUAUUAUUUACAAGAUGUUAUGUACAGAGUUUUAUUUCAUAUUCAGGCUUAUAGUUUAUCCUUUAUUAUGUAAUUCAUCUACUACAAUAUUACUUUCGAUAAUAUCCAGAGCUUAUUCUAUAAAACAGACAACCUUGUCGGAUAAAAAAAGUAUUUUUGACCAAUCAGCACCUAGAAAACUUUUUAUCGACAACCUUGUCGAUGUUUUUUUUUUCUGUAUAUUUAUAAUCAAAAUGUCUGGUGUUAGUUUCAUAGGUAUUCCGCUGUGUUGAUAACUGCUUGUUAAUGUAGUAAUUCAUUUUUCUUUUUUUUUCUCUUAUCCUAGAUCAAGCUCUUUUACAAUUCGUAAUUCCUUAUAAU